ACAAAAAUGGGACAAUUUCUUGAAAGAAUUGAUUCUAAAGAUGAAAAGAAUAUUAUAAAUGAAUCAACAGAUGUUCCAAAAUGGGAUUGUCUUUUAUUAACUGCAAGAAAUGAAAAACAACGAAAUAUAUUCCUUCAACAACUUGAACAUCUGCGUUUGAAAGAAAGAAAUUUUUGUAAAGAAUAUGUUGUUUUGGCAGACAAACCGGAGGGGGUGAGAAUAGGUGAAUUAUUUACGUAA